CUUUCCGGUUCACACCAACAAAUGGAAAAAGGCUAUACCCAUCCAUCGUAGUUUCCCCAAAAGACAGUACUGACUGCGAUACAAGCUAUCAGGAUAAAGAGAACCCAUCUUUUACAAAAGAGAUGGAUUUUCUUCAGUCUAAGCUGUUUUCGUCGAAGCUUACGUCUUCAGUACUGAAUGAGUUCAACGAUAGGUAUCAAAAAGUUCGGUCGGAAAAUAUUAUCAACAUUCAGAAGCUGAACAACACAAGUCCCAAGCCAAGAAGCCGACGACCAUCUACCCGUUUCAAUAAUGAGCACCGAGGACGAUUCAACAGAAUGGAAUCCAUCUCCACUCAUUAUGCAGCCAGGCGUACAGGACGACAACCUGUCGAAGCAACGCGAAAGAUCUUUGAGGGUCCAGAGCAAAUAACUAGAAAGACUCCAAAUGACAAGCGUUUGGGAGCACAAGAUCUAGGCAGUGCAUCAAAGAGACUGAGAGUUGUUGACGGCUACAAGGAGAUUGUAGAGCCGGCUGAAAGCCCAACAAGGCCGCCAGAGGAGAAAAAGAAAAUAAUGGAACAACAAUUCGGAAGACAGAGACAGGAGAAGCCACAUUUGGGUCCACUUCCACAGCUGGAGUUUUCGCCCGCUCCACGGACAGCCACAUCUGACCUACAAUCGUCAAAAGUCCCUUCGUAUUUACAACCUACAAAGGCAUCAAUCCAACGUUCAGAAAGCAAGCAGAAACUGAACAGGAGCGAGACAGCGUCUUAUCUUCCAAGACUCUCUAAUAUCGUGCGCUCGAAAACUAUGCAGGAAAUCUCGCCAUCAAGGAUGAACAGCAGUCACGCAAGUCCACACAUCGCCUCUAUCAAAAGCCAGUCUGCAUUAACAAGGUCCACCUCGUCAAAUACCUUGAACAGGAAAUCGAGUAUACCACAACUCGCGAAACCAGCCAAAAAAGAUUAUCCGAGACCUUGGAGAAAUUAAUUUUACCAUCCCGCGAAAAAUUUAAGGCAUGGGUCACCACGCAGAUUACUCUGAGUUCAGUGCUCAGCACGACAAAAAGGAGCUUCUGCAACAAGUUGUGGAUUCCUACAAAAAUCUCAGCGAGGGACAAACUAACUGGGUUUGUAACUUGGCCAAUUGUAGCUCGUUGCUAUGGCAUUGCUACAACGAAGGACUUUCCAAACGAGUCAAUUGGGCAGGUUUUUAUGUACUCGAUCCGGAAAGCCAAGACCAGCUUAUCCUUGGACCAUUCAUGGGUAAGGUCGCAUGCCAGACGAUCAAGAUUGGACGUGGUGUAUGCGGCACUGCGGCAAGCACGCAAAAAACCCAGCUGGUUGAGGAUGUCGAGAAAUUUCCUGGACAUAUAGCCUGCGAUGGGGAGACCAAGAGCGAGAUCGUGGUUCCCAUUGUGGCUGAGGGACGGGUCGUUGGCGUCUUGGAUAUCGAUUGUUUGGAGUUGAACGGGUUCGACAAGGACGAUCAAAACUAUCUCGAAUCACUGUGUCAAGCAAUUGGUGAGACAUGCAGCUGGAAAAAUUAACUCUGUUGCGCUGUGGUUGUGCCGGGACCGGCUCCAAUGUUGUUUAGCGGAAUGUUUAUAUCUGUAUCUUCUAUAUCACUUUCAUCAAAAUGCAUACCAAUUCGGCUCUCCAAAUUCCAAUUCAUGGGUCUUGCCUUGCGUUGUCUUUUUUGUCUUUUCAGGAAGUAAUGAUGAUAGAUGCCGGAUGUGACAAUUGCAGACGCGGAACCUGCCAUAUUCACAGCUAUAUCCCACAGGUCGAAAGAUCGAUAUGGGGCUAGGACAUGUUGCAUCAAUUCACUCCCAAUUCCUCCGGCGAUUGUACAUACCGCAAAUGUAACGUUGCGCACCAUGCGUAUUGAUUUUAUAUCCAGUGUCCAGUAGAAGAGAAAAGUCAUUAAAAAGAACACAGCAAAGUGUAGAGCUUUAUCGUAAGGCAAUGAUAUGUCUGCUAGGCCCAAAUACAA